CCCGUGGCUGAGUGAGGAGAACCAACUGAUGGAGUGACAGCGUAGUUUACGGCAAGGAUGACAUAAAAGGACAACUUUCCUCGCCAGUAGUGCAGAGGUAUCUGAGGAGACAGUGACAUAGGGCACAUGUCCAGAACCACUGGCGAUAGUUCUGUCCCCUCUACUGUUGUUCGUGAAGUGUUUCUGGUGCUCUGGUGAUGUCAUGGAAUAAUAAUUAAUAAGUGAUGGAAUCUGCUUUCAGUAAAUUACUUGAAGGACAUAAAGCAAGUGUGGAGAAUGGAGAAAAUUUGGAGAAUACUGGUUCAAGCGUGGCUGUAAUACUGCAGCCGAUUCCUGGGGAACAAAAGGCCAAACAAAAAUGCGUUAUUGGGACUCCAUCAAGCUCAGAUGUCCACCAAGAUGACUGUAUUAACAGCAGUAAUCUCUGUUAUAGUGAAGAUAUUUCUGAAAGGGGUGAUGACGAGAGUAUGGCUUUUGACAAAGGAGAUGAUGGUGAAGUGUUGUCACGGAAACUGAAUGAAGAGAGUUGCAGCAAACCUAAAGGCAGUGGUGAUAAGGAGUUACGAAGUUCUAAAACAAAACAGAAGAGACACUGUUGUUCUGUAUGUGUUAAGUCCUUCUUAACUCCAUACAAGCUUGCAAGACAUAUGAAGAUGCACAUGAAGGAGAAACCAUUCAAAUGCCCACUCUGCACCAGAGGCUUAAACAGCUAUUCUGCUGUGGUCCGACAUCUGAGGCGUCAGCAUGCUGAGGUUCGCUAUGCCUCUGUUGAGUUUAGACGAAGUUCUGAAGGUUAUCCACAGCUGUCGCUGCAUAAGAAGAAAGAUAAACCUCAAGUACUUAAGUGUCCGAACUGUGACAAAAAAUUUCCAAACAGCUACUUGCUUUCAAAUCAUAUCAAGUCACACACGAAAGACCGGGUUCACCAGAUUGAAGGGCACAGUUCAAAUCAGCAUGACAGAGCAGGACUGAAUUAUAAACUGACUUACAAUUGUGAUAAUGUUGGUGGAGAGAAUCGGAAUGAUGCUAGCAGUAAAGAGUUUCUAGAUUCUGUUCAACCAGAAGAUGACUGUGAUAAAGCAGGUAUUAAAAAGAAAGUUCCAUCAAACGCCAAAGAAAAGGGAUAUUUUUGCCCCAUCUGUGUAGACAGGGACUUGAAAACUCUGUACCAUCUAACCAGACACAUAAGGACACACACAAAGGAGAAACCAUUCAAGUGCCCAAUCUGCAACGCCACCUUCAGCGACUCCUCAGCUGUGACUGCUCACCUGAGGAACCUGCAUGCUGCAGGCCGGUACGUCUGUAUUAAAUGUGGAGAAAGCUUUGGAAGCCAUCCUGAGUUGCAGUUUCAUAAGUGGAUUCAUAACCCCCAGCUGCUGACAUGCCCCGACUGUGAUGAAAAGUUUCAGGACAGCAGCACUUUCUUAAAUCAUGUCAAGUUGCACGAUGAAGACCAGGCUACCCAGAGUGAAGCGCACAGUUCCCACCUUAGUGAUAAAGCCACAAUUCAAGAAAAAGAGCAGCCAGAUGAAUUGGUUCAGCUCACUAAUGAUUGCAAUGAUAAUAGCAAUGGAGACUUUGAUAAUGGUGAUGCUAGCAGUGAAGUGGAAAAUUACUUGAAUGGAGGUGAUAUUGAAAAGAAGGUUGCUAGAAAAACCAAAGUAAAUCGACAUUUUUGCUCCAUCUGUGCAGGCAAAGGUUUCAGAACUCCAUACAAGCUUGCCAGACACAUGAGGACACACACAAAGGAGAAACCAUUCAAAUGUCCAUGCUGUACUGUCACCUUCAGCUAUCACUCUGCUGUGGCCACACACCUGAGGCGUCAGCAUGGUGCAGACCAGUAUGUCUGUGUAAAAUGUGGGAAGAGUUUUGGAAGCAAUCCCAUGCUGCUGGCACAUAAGCGUAUGCACACUUCCCAGGUGCUGACGUGUCCAGACUGUGGUGAAAAUUUUGAUGAGAGCAGUACAUUUUUAAAUCACAUCAAGUUACACAGCAAAGCUGAGACUAAACGGAGUGAAAUGUACAGUACCCGCCAUGGUAUAGGAGCAAAACUCCAGCAAAAUGAAGAAGAGAGGAACGUGGACAAUAAGCUGAGUAACGAUGUUGGUGUGGCAGAUGAGCAGCUUGGCGCAAACUUUAGAAAUAAACAAGCAACAGUGCAUAAGAACUCUGGAGGUGGUACUGAAAGAAAAGUUCUUUUGGGUGCUCAAAGAAAGAGAUAUUUUUGUCCUGUUUGUGUGGACAGACACUUUAUAGCACCCAGCAAGCUUGCCACACACUUGAGGACACACACGAAGGAGAAACCAUUUAGCUGCCGAGUCUGCUCUGCAAGCUUCAGUCAGGCUGGUAGCAUGACACAGCACAUGAGAGAUCUGCACAAUGUGGCUGAUUACAUUUGUUCGGUUUGUGGGAAAGUUUUUGGUACCUUGUUGGAGCUCAAAGGACACAGGAAAUCCCAUGCAGCCAAAGGAAGGUCAUGUCCUGUUUGUAAUAAAUGUCUCAAGGAGAAGAGCAUGUUGGAGAGUCAUGUCAAAUCCCACUAUAUUGUCCAGUCUGGUUCUCACCGCCUCAUCUGCACUGACUGCGGCAAAAUAUUUAGCAAGUUGAAUCACUUACAAGUGCACGCUUCAAUUCACCGCAGAUCAACAUACGGGGGGUUGUUUGUAUGUCCUCAUUGUGCAAAGAACUUUUCCCUCCCAGAAGACCUCAGCAGACACCUUGAGGCUCACAUAGGUAAUGGGAUUUGUCCAAAAUGUUCCCAAACUUUCAACAGCCCAGAAGAACUAGAGACACACAUGGAGGUUCACAAUAAGCCUUACGUCUGCAACACCUGUGACAAGAGGUUUAAGAUGAAGCGCGCACUGAAGAAGCAUGAGCAGGUGCACGCAAGCCAUGCGAAGCAAGAGUCUAAAUGUCAACACUGUGACCGUGCUUUUGCAAAGCUAAUAGAUUUGAAAUAUCACCUGAAAACUCACACUGAAGAAAGGCCACACCAGUGCCCUUGUUGUAUAGAAACCUUUGCAAAGAAGGAAGAUUUGGAUCAGCACUGUUUGAAACACAGAAAACUUAAGAAGACGAAACCUUAUUCCUGCACUCGGUGUGAUGUUUCCUUCGCUACACUGACAGAAUUGACAGGACAUAUGCCUUCACACAAGGGAGAACAGCCGCUUAGCUGCCCCUUCUGUUCAAAGUCUUAUCCGAGCAAGAGCAAGCUGGAGAAGCAUUUGUCCAUCCACACGGGUGGAAGAGCUCACCUUUGCCCUGUGUGUGGCCAUGGGUUCGCCAGGGCUAACAACCUGAGGUUACAUGCACGAGUCCACACGGGAGAAAAACCCUUUCAGUGUUCUGAGUGCUGUAAGAAUUUUUCAACAUCAAGUGGGCUACAGAAACACAUCAAAGGACACAAGGUGGGUGAAGCCCGAUACCAGUGUUCUGAGUGCGGGAGGUCCUACAGCCGCAUGACUGAGCUGAGGAUGCACCAGAGGAAUCACACAGGAGAUAAACCACACCUGUGUGUCUGCUGUAAUAAAUGUUUUGCUCAGAAAUACAAGCUCAAGGUCCAUAUGAGGGUACACACAGGAGAGACACCAUAUUCCUGCCCCCACUGCGAGCAUAAAUUCAAACAGACUGGAGACAGAAACAGACAUAUCAAGAAAUUCCACUAGUUACGUGUCAGUGAAGUUACUUUUUGUUUUGUUUUUAAGAGACUGUUUCAGUUUUGUGUUUGUAAGGUAGGUGUCAAUUUGAAAUUUUCUGCUCCAUCUUAAAGCUACAGUGUGAAGGAUUUAGGAAUGAAUAUUAACAAUCAUUCAUAACAAUCUGUUUCAUGUAUAAAUUAGCGGCAUCCAUGAAUCAAUGUUUUCAUAAGCCUACAAUGAGACCGUCAUAGUUACUUGGAGGAGGAACUCCCCCAUGGGGGGGGGGGGGGGCUACUGAUACAGUAGCACAAAAGUGACAUACUUUUGCUGCCUUUUGUAUUAUUCACCAUGGCUGAAAGACUCAAGAACAAAGGAAGAGGAAUUACUGGUUGGUGCCAUAUACACUGUCAGGCUAACAAGUUUGAGAACCUUCAAUUGUUGUGAAAUGGAGGAUCAUACAUAUUGCUUAUCACAAGAGAAGGUAGCAUGAACCCCCGAAGGGUGAACAAAAUCAUGAUCAAUGACUGUAUAAUGCAGUGUGCAAACUCACCACUAUAGAGGACACUAAAUGCCACACACUGGAGAUUUAAGUGUUGUUAUUUGAGUUGA